AUCUUCUUCCGCGGGUCCAGUGGGCGGACAGAGGAAUGUGUCCUCAUCCAGCGGCGCGCCGGCGCAGGAUGGAGAUAGUAGUCGGCCAGCGAUCGAUACGGAAGAAUUGAAAUUGAAGGGCAAGGCUUUUAUGCAGAAGACGGGUGUACUCGGCGGCAAAGCGCAGGCGGGCGCGAAGGGGUUGUUUGCGAAGGGGAGGAGUCGAUUUGGGGGCGGUGGUGGGGGUGAAAAGGUAGAGUGAUUCUUUUUCUUGUUUUUGUUUUCUGCCCUUGUUUUGACCUGCACUUGCACUUUACGUCCUGCUUUGUUUGGGAUACUCUUCUCAGAACCAGACUGAGAGGACUGGGAAUUGCGGCAAAGGGAAAGGGAAGGGAAUGUCGAUUUGAGCGUGCUUCUUCCUUGCUAUGAGCGUUCUUUUUGAUACCUAUUACCUCUUCUAUUGUUUAUUACUUAGUCUACACGCCUAGCCCAGUCGAGACUCCAUUUACCUGUGGCGGACGCAGAGAAAGAGAGAGAGAGAGGGCAGGCAGGCAGCCGGAUGGAAGAAUCGAUCAAGCGAAAAAGCAACCGAAAAAUUGGCAAGAGCGAAAGAGCCAUGGAUGGACAACCCCACACGACAACACACGCAACCAAAAAGGACCACAGAACAAGUCUCUUUGCGUGUCCUUCACACCCGUCCUCCUUCUCUUUGGACCGGAAAUUCCGUGUCUUCCUACUCAUCCAUCCACUCAUGCUUUGCUUUUUUCCAGGACCGGGGUAGUACUUUCUUUGCGCGGACUUUACGAAUCGACUACGAGUUGCAAACGGCUUACGACGCUGGGAUCGACAGGUCGACUCCCAUCAUUCCCGAGGCUGAGGGUGAGGGUGGUGGGAAGGCUGGGCGGACUUUACGACCCGGCGAUCAGGAUGUCAGACUGGACUGGUCCAUGCCCGAGGGCGAGAGUGAUGCGAAGGCCGGUCAGGCCGAUGAGAAGGUGACGGCGCUCGAUAAGAAGGUUCCGGCGAGGAGAAGUAGCAUCAUCUACCCCUCUAAACGAC